ACUUACUUUUUAAUAUUUUUCUUUGCAAUUCGGAAGGUCGUACUUCUUACAUCGUGCAGUAAUUGAAUUGCCACCUUGCAAAACAUUCCACCCACCGCAAAUUCAUUACAUGAUUAACCUUGACAACUUGCAAGAACUUAACAAAAUUUUGUCGAUUCAAGUAUUGAAGGAUGCGAAUGAUGAACCAAGCAAGGUUGAAAUUCUCCCCAGCAAUUGCCGACAGAACGGUCAACGAGCUUGAAAACGACGACCAAGGAAUGGAAGCCGUUCUUCUCCACAGCAAAGAAAGGCGGCAGAGACGGUUCAAUCGACCAGCUGAAGUCGAUGAAGAUAAUACCUACGGAGAAGACGAUGAAUCGCCUCUAAACUCUGUGUUGCUUGAUCUCAUCCAGAACAAGAAGUGGGAAAAGUUUCUGCAUCGUCUGCUAAAAUACCCAAACAUUGCUCGCAUUAAAUUCAGUGGGCGAUCUAUAGAUAGAACAUCAGCUGGAAACCUUGUGCUUCAUGAAGUUUGCAAAUACAAUGCUCCGAUCGAUGUGGUUGAAGCUCUGAACGAGGCAAACGAGGAAGCAAUAAUGACAAAAGGUAACGCGGGAUAUCUCCCCCUCCAUUGCGCCUGUGCCCACGGUGGGUCGAUAAAGUUGAUUCGCUUUUUGCAGUCUCUCUUCCCCGAUGCAACAGCAUCGGUGGAUGAUGAAGAAAACGCCCUGCCGUUGCAUCUAGCUUGUAAGGUCGGAACAAUCAAAGAAGAUGUCUACAUGUCUCUCUUGACUUCAUACCCCGCGGGCGCAAAGAUCCGAGAUCACUUUGGAAGGCUUCCCAUCGACUAUGCGAAAAACAUCCAGAGCGACUCCCACCGAAGGAUCGCUGUCGAAUGUUUGAAGCGUUCAAACUGGCUAGAAAGUGCUUCAAAGCUGGCUAGCGAACGAACGGAGCGCGACUACCAGCGAAGGAUUCGAGGCUACGAACAGUUACAAGCACAACAGUUGAAGACGAUACAUGAAGUUCACACGAAAGAAAUAGCAAAUUUCGAAGCCAAUUUGAAAACAAAGGAUGAAGAAAUCUUGCAACGUACCAAUUACAUGGAAGAUCUUGAUCGUCACCUCCAGGACAAAACACGCGAUUUCGAAGAUCGCAUCAAAUCAUUGGAAGACGCCUUGAAAACGAAAAGUCGCAAGUUGCAGAGCCAGAUAGAAAAGGCAAAAAAAGAGACAAGCAAGACUCAGCUCUCCCUCGAUCGCAAGAUCGAAGAAGCUAUUGAUCUCUCAAGCAAACUGAAGGAAGCAGAAGAGGUGAUUGAAUCACAGAAAAAAGAGCUGGAGGAGCGCACCGAAGAUCUUCAAUUAACAAUAGAAGACAUGGAAACCUUGAACCAACACUCCGAAUGGCUUGAGUCGGUCAUGGGGUCGAUUCGAAAAUUGUCCACCUCGGUAUCUCCCAUGGCUCAAGGCCUUGAACAGAAAGACGAACUCCGAUCUACAGGAAGUACGUUUGUAUCUAGCAAAAAAAGGAGUUCUGCUCGAAAAAAUGGUGACAGUGCUAGCAUCAGAACUGGUAAGUCUGGCAAGUUGUCGCGCGGACCAAGCAUAAAAAUGUCGAGCAACAAUUCUCCACCCGAGAAAAGGGAUAGUUCCUUUGUCGGCCGUUUCGUAGGAUCAUAUCGGGAAUAGAUGGAUGGCUUGGGUACCGCUAGGAAUAAAAACAACAUAAUAAAUUAUUUGUCAUUAA